CUCACACCUCCUCGACAUUCUACAACAAUCAUUAUUUGAGGUCCAUCAUCCACUACCGUACCAUGUGGCACAACUCUUUGGAAAUCCCAGAGGACCUUCAAUAUGGCGACAGCGUCCUCAACGCUCUAUUGUCAGAUCUGUAGACAACCAAUCCGCCUCGAUGGGACCAUAAAGCAGCUGAACCCUGCCGCACUUGAUGUCUUAAUUGGGUCAACUGGCAAACCUCAACGGGGUGCGGCAAGUGCCUCUCGACUGGCCUAUCCUCAGGAACGCAGGGCAAGAUAUGACCGUGUCACCGCACAAGCAGUGUCGCCCAUCCACAAGCGCACAAUUCCCCCACCGCUGGAUGAGUCGACAUUUGGCGGCUCAAGGGGGGAUGCACAGCUCAAGGCAGAUAUGUCCUUCAUCGAGAUAACUCAGUCACAAGUCGACCUUCCGCUGGGGGAUCAGACCGAGCAGAAAUCCUUGGAUGCCGUCGGCCCCCACGAGACGAACGGACCUCAUCCUGAACCAAGGCAGCAUACGCUUGCUGAUGAUAUUUCCAAGGCGGAGAGGUUGUUUUCCAUAUUGUCAUCACAUUCUGAUGUUGACCAUCCCAUAUGUACCGAGUGCACUGCCAUCCUGAUCAAUGGCUUAAAAGCUCGCAUGAACAACGCCACAAAGGAAAGAGAUGCCUAUGCCUUUUUCCUGAAAAAUAUACAGCAGCACAACUUGUCUGCACCAUCUAAAGAUGCGCAGUCUCUUCGCGCACGCAAGGCCAACGCGGAAUCGGCAUAUCAGAAGUUACUACACGUGGAGCGUGAAGUGGAACAGACAAAGGUUGACAUUGCACAACUCAAUGAGGAGAUUCGUGCCUUGGAAUCGAGUGAAGAAGCCUUUUGGCUUCUACGCAACUCGCUCGAUGAGCAGUUACACGACGCCACCAUUCAAUUGAACACACUCCAACAAUCGUUUAGCCACGAUCACCGCCGUCUCGAGCGGCUCCAACGAACCAACGUCUUCAAUGACACAUUCUGUGUGGGUCAUGAUGGAUCGUUUGGGACCAUCAACGGGCUGCGCUUGGGACGAUUACCAAAUAACAACGUGGAGUGGGGAGAAAUCAAUGCUGCAUGGGGCCAAACAUUACUGUUGUUGGCCACCGUUGCUGAAAGACUCAAAUACGUGUUCCAGGGCUAUCGCCUCAAACCGCAGGGCAGCAUCUCCCGAAUUGAGAAACUCGACUAUCUCCAACAGCCGCCAGACCAAACAAGACCGCCGACGACAGCUCGAGAGCGAGUUCUCGGUCCGAGUACGGCAAAUCCUGAACCCAAAGUCACGGUGCUGGACUUGUUCAGUAGCGGUGAAAUGGCCAUUGGCCGAGUACUCAACCAUCGAAAAUUUGACAACGGCAUGGUUGCAUUUCUCGACUGUUUGUCCCAGGUGGCCAAGUUUGUCGAACGCAGUGCACCGGAUGAACAGACCAAUAAAGCGUCCUCGCAGCGGAUGACAACAGUGCGGACAACGCCCAAACAACCUGUUCUCCCAUAUGUGAUUGACAAUGACAAGAUCGGCGGGAUAUCUAUCAAGCUGGGCAUGGGGUUUGGAGACGCAGAAUCCUUCACUCGAGCUUGCAAGUACGUUUUGACUUGCUGCAAAUUUCUUCUUGCGUACGUGAGCAACUUGGAAAAUCAAAGAAAUGUGUAAGAUGAGAAUCAGCUAUGAAGCCUCAAGCCAGAGGGAGAUUUCGCUGCAACUUAAAGCUAGGCUCAACGAGGGUUUCAACAUGUUUUCGAGAGAGCUGGAGGCGACAGCUGCUCAGUAUGACGCGGUAGUCUCUGCAUGCCAAUCAUCGGCGCAACCUGGAGGUCUGCGUGCGGCACCUGGAUGUCGAUUGUGCAAUGCGUCUGCCAUCCAUUUUUGGUAUAGAGCUUGGAUCCGGCAGGACGAGAGAAUAACCAAGAGACAACAUUUUCCCGGUCUGCAGUUUGAACACCCCAAUCAAGUAGUUUCUGGCCAACCCCUUGAUGUUGAUGACUGGGAAGCACGAUCAAACGAUGCAGAUCUGAGAGCAUGAGUUGGCGAAACGACAGGCUGGUAUCCGAGAGGGGUUCCAAGGUAGGGACACUUACAAAGAUGGCGCUUACCUCUGAUCGCCGAGAUGUAAGCGUUGCCAACUUUCCUCGACAACUCCUCGUCGGGAUUUGAGUAGAAAGCAAGAGUUUCCUUUGUUGAUGUUGUAGUUUGUCUAAUUGCUUGGAGAAUCGUCGGUGAUUGUUGUUCAGCCGGCUCUAGGAGUGUGACGAUCGAACGGUCAGCUUCAAUAACCACGGGAUGGUCACUCGAGUUGAUGGCGGUGGACUUGAUCGCGAAAGGGUCCACUUUGGGAGUUUCGAUAUAUCCCAGUCUCCAUUGAGCGUAGCCGACGAUGGUUGGCUCGCAAUUUGACUCAUUGGACGCAGGCACCAGAACGGCUUUGAAUAUGUGAUAUCGGUUGUGCUUGUCGUGAAAGGCAUUGGUCAACUUUCGACAUGUGGUUUCAUACAAAGACGUUUGUCCGUAUCUGGCAUGAAACUCGCGAAGACCAUCGUCUAAAAGGGCAAAGUCGGUAAUGGAUGCAAGAAGGGGGAUGUCGGCUUCAUUCGUGAUGGGAUGUAUCUCGAUGUGGGAGGAGGGGACCGACCGAGCCUCAACCUUAAUGUCGCCCUCGCCAGACAUGAGAAUAAUGAUAUGGCCAAAGUCGAAAGAGGAUGGAAAGAUAGGUGGACAAGAUGAUGGUGGGUAAGGUACUUUGACACAGCAAGUCAAUGACUUUGAGAUAUACUCGAUGAUUAAAAGGACCUGUGCCUUUCCAACGAGCUCUGAGAGUAUUGCAAUAUGACUCAAAAUUACACGGCCAUCAGCAUCAAGGAUAGUGGUGCGGGGGCCAGGGCCGGGCCCGGGGCUAG